AUGCUCUGGAUUUACGGAAUACCUGGUGCUGGCAAGACGGUAUUGGCCUCCUUUGCCAUCGAAAAGAUCAGGCUGCUUUGCGAAGGCGCCACCAACUACGUUUACGCUUAUUACUAUUGUCAUUACUCCAACGCCCAAGACGAGGCUAUACCACUGCUGAGAUGGGUAGUCGCCCAGGUUUCUCGACAACUCGGCUGGGCUCCUGUCGAGCUCAAACGCCUCCAUGACAGAGGUUGUGAGCCAACCGUCCCAGAGCUACAACACAUUCUUGAACUUGCCCUGGCACGACUGGAACGGUUAUUCAUUAUUGUCGAUGCACUUGAUGAAAGCAUGCCGAGGGACGAGAUAAUACGUCUACUUGCGACAAUAUCUCUCGACGCCCGAUUCUACAAGGUCCGCAUCCUUGCAACGAGUCGCCACUACGGUGACAUCGAGCGCUUCUUUUCUGCCAUAUCAUCAUCCAUCUCCAUGAAAAACCCGUAUGUCGAUUCCGAUAUUCAACGUCACAUUCGUGCAAGGUUUCAGUCUAGCAUGCGCCUUCGGCGAUGGCAGAACUCUUUCCAAGCAAUCGAGGAGGCAUUGGUGUCGGGAGCAAACGGCAUGUAUGUUAUCUCCCAUUGGUCUACUCUGGUUGAGCUUUCUGACUCGCUAUUAACAGGUUUCGCUGGGUGGACUGUCAACUGCACAGCAUUGAGCUCGUACAUCAGAAUAUUCGAGGCCAUCCCCGAGGUCGACCAGCCGUUUGUAAAACGGAUCCUUCUGUGGGUAUAUGGGGACUCCAGAACACAUUGGGAUGGUCGAGGUAUCAAUGGAAAGCUGUUACUAGAGGCAGUUUCCUUCGACCUGUACGGCAUCAAGGACAAUGCCUUCGAUUGGGAAUACCUGCAAGAUAUUUGUGGCUGCCUCAUAGCAGUGAGGAACGAACUUUCGAACCCAGGGGUUACUGAUGGUGACAGUUUCGAUGACGGAGCCAGUUGCUGGGUCACCCUUGCACAUUACACUGUCUGGGAGUUCCUCAGUUCCUACCACAUCCUGUCGACGCCUGUUUCAGCAUUUGCAACAUCUACCGAAGUUGCUGAGCGGCAGUAUGCGGUCAGCAUCCUUCGCAACGCCCUGGCAGCGCGUCCCGAAGACCCAGGAACACAUUGGCGGCGCGACCGCGAGGCGUAUUGUCUAGUUGUGGGAUGCAUGUUCUUAGGCUCACCAUGGCUCCAAACCUCCGAGGACCUAGACCUGUUCUAUCAGUUCAUGGACCCUCAGAACCCUCAUUACCGCCGAUUUGGCCCGAUACAGGCACGUGCGCUGCGCGGCGAGGAAGAUUUCUCUUCUCACUGCUUUUUUAUUCUGGCAAUUCCUAGCCAGUUUCGAGUUCCUGAACAAGCCUUCGAAAGGGAGAAUAACGCAGAAGUGGUUCUGAAUGCCCACCUACUUAAGAAUUGGCUUUCUGUGGGCGCUGGGCGCUCCCUAGAGCUGCCAGCUAUUGGUCGCUUGUCGCAAGAUGAAGUUUGGGAACUAGGAAAACACCAGGUUGCCGGUCACUUCAUUAGACUGAAUAAGUCAGGAGAGGUACAAGAAAUCGGUUUCGAUGGGAGGGUCUGGGAUAUUACGUCUCCGCCAACUCGAAGAUUACGUGCCGCGUCGCUCGAUCCCAGAGCCGGAUCGCCAGCCCUGGUUCCGUCAAAUGAGAGCAACAAAAAGAGGAAGCUAGACAGUGGGUCAAUGACUCGAGGAUAA